AUGGAUGACAAGUUCUGCUGGCCGUGCAGCCAAAAAGAGGUGACAAAGUUACCUCCCUGUCCUCUGCAAUGCAAGUCGCCUAACUGUCCUUCUUUUAAGAAACCGCCUGAUGUAGACCUGUCACAGAAGUUCUUCCUCUGGGUGAUGGGUGCUCAAGGCUCCGGCAGGAGUUCUCAAUGCCAGAAGAUUGCCCAGAAGUACCGCUUCCAUCAAAUCAGUCCUUCACAGCUGCUCAAGAAAGAAUCUCAAAGCGAGACCGUUAGAGGAAACUGCGUCCUUUCCAUUCUGGAGAGAGAGGAAGUUGCUCCCAACGACUUGAUGAUGGAGCUGAUAAAACCGAUUAUAGACGAACAGGCUUUGAUGCAACCCAACAGUCCUCCAGGUUACGUCAUCAACGGGUUUCCCAGAGAAGAACGCCAGGGCCUCUGGUUUGAAAGAACUAUCGCUCCUGUUAAUUUGAUUGAGAGGAAGCAUGUGCUGUAUCGUCACCAUGGAACCUGA